UGUUUACACCAGUUGUGAAAAGUAUAUUGGUCCUGUUUAGAAGCCUCAGAAUAUUUUGAACUUUGUCCUUAUAUUAAGAAAAAAAACAACCUAUUUUUUAAAAAUAUAUAUUUUUACGAUCCUUUAUUAAUUGAAAUUUAUUUUUCUUGUAUUUACAGCUUUUCUCUUGUGCGAGACUUGGCGAUUUGGAAGUUUUCCACUGCUGCCUGCUGCGAUUCUCACCUCUGCAUCACCACAUCAUCUCAGACCUCUUUAUCCUACAGACACAUAUUUUAUCUACAUAUUCAGACAAGUUCUUUUGCACAUAGUAACAUUCAGUUACACACACGCACACACACACACACACACACACAUUUAAAUAACCGCCUUUCCCCCCCCAGGUGUCUUCUUUUUUUCUACUGUGGUCUUACAGGAUGCCCCGUAGGGGACGGCGCUCCGAGGCGGCCAAGGUGAGAUGGAGGAAGCUGGAGAGUGUGCCGGUCGUCGCCAAGCCUGGGACACCACCGCUCGCACCCAGUGCUUGGAACCCGACUAGGUCUCCGCCGACGAAGACGUCCCGACUGCUGGAGGGUGGCCUGCCCUACCAGAUGUCGCCCGUGGUUCGUCAGGACGAGGAGCCCCGUGGGCAGUCGACUUCUCCGGAGUCGCGUAUGCCGUGGGGCAGGCGUCGCCAUCGCGUGGAGACGUGGCCAGCUUCCCGGGUGACCAGACGGAGCUGCAAGUUGGUUCUGCCUACUGCCGAGGCUCUGGAGAAGAAGUUUGCUCUUUUGGUUGGUGAUUCCCAUCUGCGUGCUAUUGUGGAUGGGUAUUCUACCAUGCCAAAGGGCGACUUCUCCUUAGGGAUGCUUGCAUCUCCCGGAGCUUCUGCGGAAGAGUUGCGGCUUGAGGUGCUGGAUGCAGUUCUGCCUCGGCCCCCCGAGGUGAUCUGUCUUCUGGCCCCAAGUAACAACUUGACCGCCAGCAGGACCUUCGUGGAGGCCGGAGGCGUUUGGACGCUUUGUUGCGCACUCUGCAACCUCUCUGCUAAUGUAAGUAUAAUAUCACUUUCCCCACGCCUUGGCGUGAAGGAAAGUGUGCAACAGCUGCUGAGGCAGGAGUUUCAACGUGUGGCUGCUCAGAGAGGUGUUCGGUACUUGCCUGUCACUGAACACUUCCCGUUGAGCAGCCUAGCCUUGUGGAGCAGGGACGGCGUUCAUUUGAGCGAUCGUCCUGGGAUGGAGGUCCUUUCUCAGUUGCUUGAGGCGGCGGUCUCUUCGCAACUUGAGUUAAGUGCACCGAAAUCUCCAGCUCCUGUGAUGUUGGCUCCUCCCCCUCCUGGGACGGCAUCCCCCCCCGCGGUGAGACGUCCCCUGCCCCGGCUGGUUGUGGUUGGCGAGGUGGCUGCUCCGCGUCGUUCGGACCCCUUCGCCUGGACUGUGGUUGGUGGUCGUAAGUCGCCUCGCGGGGGCCAGGGUGGUGAUGGCUAUCCACAGGCCACUGGGAGGAUGGUUGACCAACAGGGAGACCUGCUGGAUUCUUCCAUCCCCCCGAAUCCUGUGUGGUUCAGCCCAACGUUGCUGGAGGAGAUGGACCGGAUCGUUCCUGCGUCUGGCCUUGACGCUCCGUUACCUACACGUUCUCCGACGAGGAAGAAGAAGACGAGUCCGAGGCGUCGUCCAAUUUCCGAUCCCUCCAAGCUGAAUCCGGUGGAGCGGCAGAUGGAGGGAGCGCCGAGAGAGACCACCACGCCAGCUCGUCGCCAGGCACGGAGUCCGGUCCCCCCGAUGGACGUCGAGGCCCCUGCCGAGUCCUCUUCUGUGCCACAGGAGGACCAUGUCCGGGAUGGGAGCUGCCAGGCUUCUGCGCUGGAACCCGGGAUCAGCGGUCCACCUGUCCUGUCGGUAAGUGCCUCACAUUCUCAAGCCGACAAAAGGUAUGCUGCAUUUUCUCGCAAUCACCAGUGCACAUGCAUGGCACUCACAUUUUUAGCUUACCACAAUGAGGGGUUGCAGUUUGACACAGUGUUGCUUGACAGAGUGAUUGAAAAAGGAGACCAACUUUAUGUCGGCGUUAAACAGCAACUGAUCAGUGAUGGAACGUUUCGUGAUGAUCACUUGACAUUUGAAGAGAUGCCUGACCAUGUGUUGACUGACAGGAACAUCUAUGCAGUACACACAACUGGUUUAAGGGUAGGUCAUGUUUUUGCUGGUAGCGGGAGCCCUCAAGGAUCUCGACAAUUGGGUUUGCCUCUUGCCCUGCAACUGGAAUGUCUGUCGGAAAAUGUCACUCAUGCUUUUCUUUUGGUGACUCCAGAGUGCAUUGCAGUUUUCAGGGACAGAAGCGGUCGGUUUGGAGUUUUUGAUUCCCACUCAAGAAAUUCAGCAGGCCUGCCCCACUCCAGUGGAACUGCAAUAAUGAUGACUUUCUGCAAACUGUCUGACAUGGUCAACCAUCUGCUGAAGCUCUUUCGAAACCGCGGCCCCAAUGCCACCUAUGAGUUUGUGCCAGUAGGUUUUGUCAGGGACAAUGACGACCAUCCUGAGGAUUUGGCCUUUCAGAACAUUUCACCUGAAGCCACAAAAGUAAGUCCAACUGUUUUCAAACCCAAGAGCACCUCUGAAGAGGAAAUGCCUCCUUGGCUUAGGAAAGUUGCAAAUGUAUUAGAGGAAAUGUCUCCAACCAUUCCAAAUGUGUCAAAAGUUCCAAAAAUCAAUAGAAGAAAAAUUAAGAACAGGGUCCAAACUCAACAGGGACAGAAUAUGCUAAAUAAAAUGAAACAAAGUUCAUCUGAAAAAGAAAGAUAUCUGAAAUCUCCAACAUUUAGGACCAAAAAGUUACUGGCCUUAAAAGAAAAAUACAUUCUUGAUCAAGCACAAAAGAAGGAUCAGUUAAAUAAUAGAUAUCGAACAGACGCAUCUUUCCGGGAGAGACGAAUAAAUUACAUUAAAUACAGAUUCAACUUUGUCCACAGCUUCAGAGCCAAUAGCUGGGUUAACGCGUACAACCCUGAUCUCCUCCGUGCAUGGAACGCCAACAUGGACAUUCAGUAUGUGCUUGAUGAGUACAGCUGCAUUGAGUACAUGAUGUCCUACAUAGCCAAGCCAGAGCAUGAAAUGGCACAGUUCCUCAAGUCUGUUGUAGAUGAUUUAAAGACGGCCAAUGUUAGCCAACGCGAUGAGAUGAAAAAGAUCAUGCAGGCUUAUUCAAAACAGAGAGAGAUGAAGACGGUGUAA